AUGUUUUCUUUGGUCAGAAACAUAGAGCAACGUUCCGUGAGUCGCCUCUGUUGCUGCAAAUAUGCCACAUCCGGGGAGCCCCCCACUGACCAUCACAAGCGAUUAGAUUUGCACGACUGGCCCAAAUCGAGACAUCCAACCGCUUAUGAAGUGUUUGGUCUCUCCUCCAAGGACAUCAGCAUGUCGACGAUGGAGCUCAGCACAGUACUCAAGCAAAGAUACGUGAAACUAGUCAAGAUCUACCACCCAGACACCUCGCUCGACUUGCUCGAUGAAUACGGCCAAGUGAUGUCUGACGACACCAAGAGGAAACGAUUUGACCUUAUCCAGGAGUCAUAUGACAUCUUGAAGAACCCUAGACGAAGAGGUGCGUAUAAUCGGUACCAGACUACCAGCUGGGACCAACAGGGCCGCUUCAAGGGCACCGGCCGCGGUCCGCAGGGAGAAGCGUACACGACUGAAAGCUUUGAGGCGUUCCGGAGAGCUAAUGCUCAUAGAACGAGAUUUGAUUUCCAGCACGAUGAGGCCUUUUGGUCCGCGGGCACGUGGAACGAUUACUAUCAGAUGAAAUACAAGAGGCCUCCUCCAACAAGGGAGGAGUUUGACAAGAACAAGUACAAGAUCCUCAUGGGGGUGUUGGCGGUGGGGGCGUUGUCGUUUGGGUUGCAGUUUAUGAACGCGAUAGACCGCACCAAUCAGUACUUGUUGGAGACGCACCGCUUGAAUUUGAAAUCGAUGAAGGAUUUGAACCAGAGCUACGCUGGCGCUGGCGAUAUCGACAGUUUUUCAGAAGCUGACAACGUGAGGAAAUUUUUGAUUUCGAGACGAAGCUCGGCGAAGUUGAAGCAUGAUGAUAUGCUUGAACUGGGCGAGCAAAGAAGAGAUGAAAUCGAUCCGUUUGCGGAGAGAAGGGCCGCUGAGCCUAGUGAUCAUGAGUUGUUGGUCAAGUAUGCGCAGAAUAAGGUCAAUAAAUGGAGUAAACAGGAGAAGCAAUGGGCAAAUGAUAGAAGAGAGGACUAA